CCCGCCCACAAAUGGCUGUCAACUAUCUUAUAGAAAUAUAUUUUCUUGUAGAAUUCUAAAAUAAUUAGUUCUUUUUAAAUAUACAGUAAAUAAAUAAUAUAAACUGUAAAAAUAUUUAUAUAAUAUAAUUGUAUAAAUGUGUCCAAAUUAAGCUGUGCUUAUUAUUUUGCGGUAUAUAGUGAAAAUAUUUUUUUUAAUUAAUUAUUACUGUUUAUGUAAUUAUUCUAAUAUAAAUAUGUAAAUAUAGACACACACACACAUUUCUACUUCUAAAGAGGUGAUUAUAUGCCAAUGGUUUUAAACAGACGUUGGGCAUAAUAGCGGUACAUAUCGCUGGCAGCUAAUUCAAAAGUGACGGCUCAGUGUACAAGUUCCGAUGCAUUUCUGGAUAGAUAAACGCAGCCAGUGCGCCUAUAGCGGUCGUCACCGUGUACCUUCCUCACUUUCUGCUGGCGUGGGGCGGUCGCGAGGCCGCGUGUGCGCGGGCGGCACGGGCGGCGUGGGCGGCGCGGGCCGCAAGGGCAUGGCGGCGCCCGUGCACCGCUUCGCGGCCGUCGACUGCCCGCCGCGCCGGCCGCACCGCGCCGCCAGGCACUCCAGGCCUCCACCGAUGCCUGCGGUACAUUCCUCGCGGCGUCAGCACGAAGAGCCAAGUCUCUAUGUGGAGAUACCACCUGAGCCUCCACAGCCGACCAUUGCCAGCCUGGCGGCAGCUCGCAGCGUUACACCCGACACCCUACUACGUACGGCAGCUUUAGGACUUCACCACUCGCCCAUGAUGGCCCCGCAUCUCAAAUUCGGGAUGCUGGUGUCCUUUGCAUUGGCUACUGUCUUCCUGGCUGGUGCCAAGUAUUACUUCGAUCGUCAGAUGGCGCGCGAGCGCGUGGGCGGCGGCGGCGGCGGCGGCGCGGGCGCGCGAGGCGGCGGCGAGGUGGGCGUGGUGUGCGCCACCGUGGCGUGCGUGUGCGGCGUGGGCUGUGCGCUGUCGCUGUGCCGCGCGCGCCCGCCGCCCGCGCUGCCGCCCGACCGCGUCUCCUCCACCGCGCAGCGCGACCGCCCGCGGCCACCGUCGGAGCCGUCGGAUGACAUCUCGCUGGCGAGCUGCUGGCGCCCGAGCGCGCGGCGGCGGAGCGCCGGCGCGGCCGGCGCCGGCGGGGAGGCGCCGCCGCCAUACAACAUCGCGGUGCUGAUGCCGGCGCGUGAAUCACCUCCGCCACCUGCGUACAGUGCGCUCAGCUAGCUACCAGCUCCGCCGCCGGCGCCUCAAGAAUUCAUCAUAUAGGGGGCGCGUACACGGUCAGUCACUUUUCUCCACGAACACUAAUGAAAUGUGAUCAUAAAUUCGCCUGCACGGCAACGAACUUUAUAACAUUCCGAGCACAAUUUAGUGCGGAUUUUAUAUCAAUCGGCGAAGAAAAAAAAUAUUUUUUUUCAAAUUUAGAACACCGAAUUAUUCUUAGUGCAAGGGUUUUAAAAGUUAAAGGCGCCUCGCGUGGGGCUAUGAACACCCACGAAGGAAGACGCGAGCCAUCUAUGUGGUAAGGCGUAUAGGUCUAACAUUAGAAUUUAAAAUUGGAUACAAAUCUGUGUAUAUUUUUCAUAAAACCUAUAACUUUGGAAACCACCGCGCUGGUGAAUUUUGGAGUUACGAAACAAACAAUAUUGUAUUGUAUCCUUCUUGAAAUUAAGUAGAGAGUCAGUACAAUUAUUUUAGCUCCUUACUUGCGUAUUCAUCCGCUUGUUUGGUAACUCCAAGUUACAUUAGUCUUAAGGCAAAUUUACACAUAAAAAUGUUACGAAUAAUCGUGGAAUUCGUAACUUAGCGCGCGUUUCGUUGGUAACUUAUAUAUUUAUUAAAUAAUAAAAAAAAAACAAAUGUUACACUGACCAAUUUUAAUUAUUUUUACAUUUUUACAAAUGUACGUACAAUAUUUGAUUGGUUUGGUCGUUAAUUAUUAUAAAAUUAAACAUAGCCUUUUUUUUUCUUUGAUUUUGAAAAUAACUAUAAAUAUGAUAAUUAUAGUAUGUUUAACUAACUGAUCGUUUAGUUAAUCUUAAUUCCGUGUCUAUAUACUCGUUUUAGUUAGUCUUAAUUAGUAAUCUAAUUGUCUAAUUAAUAUUAAUGCUAACUAAAACGAGAAUAAUAAAAUAACCAGUGUUAACUGUAUUUUUUGUAUUAAUUUCAUUUGAUAUGUAGAUCUGAUUGGUGUCUUAUCGCUAGAUACAAGUCCAGUGUUAAACAACCAGUGAUUAAGCAGAAAUUAAAAUAAUUAAUAUAGCAACUUUAGUUUUUGAAUCCAUUUCCAGUCACAAUUUAUUGCUAAUCACUUUUUACAUAAUUUUUUUUGUCUAUCACGAAUUAAUUACAAGGUAAUUAGCCUCAGACGAGUUGGAUGCUUAGUUGUGCAUAGAAUGGUCAACUAGAUGUUUUGAAAUCUUCCAAAUUUGAGAAAUUGAAAUGUUAUUUUGAAAAUUUUGCCUGUAAAUUAUGAGAUGAAUGUGCUGUGUAAAGUUGGGAUCGUGGUGGUACCGGUAUUAUGUUAUAAGUAAUAAGCUUACAAUUUGAAACCUGUAGACAGAAUUGGUUCCAAUAAAUUUGACCCUUAUGACCUUGUAUUUCUCCAUAACCACAUCAUGGUUAUGUGUGAGCGGGAUGCAGAAUGGAGCGCGGGUGUUUAAUAUUUUUACGUUUAAUUCAUCAACUGGGGUAAAAGCGAGGUGGAAGACACGCGAGAUGUUCAUAUAAGUUAAAAUUUGAUUUUUGUGUUCACUGCGUAAACUCCACUUGGUUUGCUGUUUGUGUUUCCAACAACUAGGUUUUUUUUUUUAUUUAAAAUCUAUAAUAACAUAUUUUUAUUUAACAAAUUGACGCGCAUCGGACAGUCAAGUGUGAGUGUUACUUGUAUGUACCUACAGGGAAUUGAAUGCGUUCUGAAAUCUUCCGAAUUUUGAGUAAUUGAAUGUCAUUGAAUAUUCUCACGAGUGAAUCUUGAGAGCAUUGUUGUGUGGACCGUGAUGGUACCAGGGUUGCGUUCCGAUCAAUAAUUUUUAACUACCAACUAUUUUAAUAUUUAUGUAUUAAAAAAAAAUAUAUCGGUCGGAAUAUAAAUAUAUUUUGCUUGUGACUGUAUCAUAAUAUAAAGUUUAGAUAUUUUUGUUGUAAUAAAGACUUAGAUAGAAUAUUAUGUAAGCAAUGAUGCUGAUUUUGAUACAAAAUCAUAGACAAAAAAGUCUUUAAUAAGUAUUUUUAUUUAGGUCACUUUGUACCAUAAUCCAAAAGGCUUUAUUUUAAAAAUAUUAAAAUUUUUUUUUCUUUACAGUAUUAGGUGUCAGAAUCAGCAUCAUUGUAUCAUUUUGUUAUUAUAAUUGAUUAAUAAAUAGAUAUAGAAUUAAUUUCGAUGCGACCUAUUGAAGUGUAGAUAAGCGCCUCAGGUCGCCACGUCCUGUGAUAGCGUGUUACGUUCAACACACUUGGAUAAAACGAUAAUUAAUUUAUUUUUAUUACAGGCAACACGAUGGUCCAUAUCAUGUUAGUUACAUUUGUUUAUUAUAAAUAAUAUAUAUGUUUUUAUAUUAUAUUAAAUGUUAUUUUAAUUAUAAUUAGGACUUUAUCAACGAAUAACAAUAGGAGGAUUUUUUUUAUGAUAAUUAAAUAAUUGCAAUAGUGCAUUACAUUUCAUAUAGCAACACACAUGUUACAUUCUACAUUUUUGUUAUGUUAUAAGUAAUUGAAUUGCUAUAUAUAUAUAUAUGAUAUGUAUAUGUAUGUGUAAUAUGCCAUUGGUCGCAUCGAAUGUUUCCAAUUUAUAAUUUUGUAUAUAUCAAUAAACACGGUGUUCAUUAUUCAACAAAAUAUUUUAGAUAUAUAUAAUCAAUAGUUUUGUAUUGGAUUUAUUGCAAAGGAGCAUAAUUUUAAAAAACCCCAUAAUAUUACAUUUAUGUAUAUGUAUAAAAUGUUAGUUUAGCAUGUAUACAUAACAUAGUAUGUCGUCCAGUGUAUACUCGUACUAGUGUAGGGUAGCGUGGCCUGUACACAACAGCCGGAUGAUUAUUUUAUAGGGAGAAUAAACUAGCGGCACGAUUUUGGUAUGGCUUUUUCAACUUACAAUCCAAUCAAAAGUUCUUAAUUCGAUUGAAAUUGAUUUAAUUUAAUUCCGCUUUUUUAUGUAUCUUAGAAUGGCAAACAUGCUGCUCAACUGUUGGAAAGUGGUAACAGUUCCCUAUAGGCAUGAGCAGUACCAUUGAUAUAUCAGAGUGUACUCUUUCGUCCAUGAUACCCCCCAUACGUUGCCAUUCCUGAGGAUUCGGGUGUUAUUCCUCUGUAUCCUGUAAAUUCACUGCCAUAUCCCUUGAAAUCGAAACACAGCCAUGCAAAUAACUGUGUCACGGUAGAAACACGAGUGGGACAGAGGUGCCCACGCAAACGACUAUUGUACAAAGUCUCCCUCUCGUACCUUUGUGCUUUGUAGACCGAUUUGGAAAAUUCUUUUUUAAUUGACCCCAUAUAAUAAUUGGGAUAAGAGAUGAAGAUGAUAACUGAUCCUUAUGACCGGAUAAACGUUUAGAAAGCCAUCGCAUCAUGCCGCAAGUUUGACGGUUGGUGUAUACAGACUGAAAAUAUACAAGUCUGUGUAUAAUAUAUCCAUUGGCUAUGUCUAGUACAAACAUAACAUCGCAUAUACAGGGUGGUGUCAAAAUCAUUAGCAUCCCUUUAAACGAGUGUUUUACAAAUAUAACAGAACUUUUUUCACAUUGUAAUUUGAUUUGAAAAAUAAUGGCGGAUUUAAUUAUUUUUUUUCUCGAUUUUCGACCAUUAUCUUUGUGAAAAACGUCUAGUCUCACAGGUAGAACUCUCUAUUACUUAAAUUGGUGCUAAUCAUUUUAAUUUCGCUUCUAUAUAAUGUAACAGAAAGAGUGAAAUCAUCUAGUGAUAAUAUUCGAGAAGCUGUACAAGUUUCACUAAAGAAUACAGAUUCAAAUAUGAAAAUAAAUAGAUCAUGCGAUUACGAGGUUAGUUCAUAAUUCAGCCAGUACGUCUAUAGGUUUAUAUUCUGUGAAAAAGAGUUCAGUUUUAUGAAUACUGUCACUGCGUUUCGGAUUGUUAUACUAUUCUAUUACACCUUGAUUAUUGUGAUUAUUUUAAAACUAUACUAAUAUGUGUCUAAUUAAGAGAGCGCUUCCCGUAAGACUGGCAAGUAGUCUCUGUUUCGAAAAAGAAAUUCAAAUUAACCAUUUUCAAAUAGGUUCCAUUUUAAACGUCACCAAUUCAUAUUUGGAAUAGAGUCUAUGUGAGAGAGACAGACAGAGUGUGUGCGUCUAAGAGAGAGUGUAUAUUUGGAGAAAUGCAUACGCAGUUGACUUACAGAAUAAGAUUUAGAGUUUUAAAACCUGACUCGCAAAUAAUGUUGAACGACGACACUUUUAUGUACAUAAACUAUAAAUGCUUGAGUAUAAUUGUUCGGAUAAAAUAAACUCCAAAAGACGCUAGUUUCCCGCCAAAAUUUUGUUAGAUUUCCUCAAACAUGUGAUUAAGGUGACGAUCUCUUAUUCGAUGUUUGAAAUCGAAUAACGAAUUCGGCUUUUCUAUUGAUAUGUUACGAUACAUUGACGAUUGAUUAAAGGAUUUCCUACUCUUUGAUCCAUCGACAAGAUAAUCACGAUAUUAUGUAAUACCCACCUUUUUUUUUAAUGGGUGAUAAUGGAAUGGUAACCCCACCAGCGCUAUCGGUAUACACCGGCGGAGCACCAGUGAAGGAUGAUAGGUGAGGAUGAAGCAAGUCAGUUAGCCCAUCGUGACAAAUUCAAUAAGAAUUGUUCACGAUGGUUUCCAGGGAGAACCACGUGGAGGUCGACCUAAUAGGGUAUAUUGCUAACAAUAGGGGUGUCAAUCACCAUUCCUAACAAUCCCUUUCCCCCCAAAAUAUCCCACCUUUAGGAAGUACUAAUAUAGGCAUUAAUAGUUAGUGAAGGAUUUACAAGAUAUGUUGUUGUCUGUACUAGUCAUUUCUAUUUACAUUCUAUGAUCUCAUAGAUUUUAAUUUUGUAUGGAACUUUCUCGCAAUUUAUUGUACCUAUACACUCGUUAAUAACCACCGUAUUUUUAUCUCUCAUUCACGCUGUGCUCGUCUGAAAAGGACAGAGCACGGGAUAAACAAUAUGGCAAACGCACAAAUGAGAUUGUACUGUCACUAUGUUUACUCCUAAUUGUUUACUGGUCAUGAUUUUGUUGUGUGUUAUAAAGUGCCAAAAAUAUGUGUGUGUUUAAUAAUAAAUAAUUAAUUGUACAACCUCCAAUCAUAAGGCACGUAGAAAUUCGAUCUCUUAUUGAUAAUUAUGUAAUUUUAAUUAUUGAGUUUAGAAUAUGACAAAUGACCUCUUUGACAAUUGCUGACUUUAUGACAUUAAUGUAUCAAACCCCCCCUCCCCCCCCCCACCAUUCUUGAGGACUCCACCCUUCAAACCGAAACACAGCCAUGCAAACAACUGUUUCACGGUAGAAACACGAAUGGGACAGAGGUACCCAAACAAUCGACUUUUGUACAAAGUCU